UCUGCGUCAAUGCACUUAACAGCUUAACAUCAGCUAAAUUGGUUAGUUGGUGACUCGAUGGUACAUGUACAGUAGAGUCCAGAGGUCACAUCUUUCAAAUUGAAAAACAGAAAAAGUUUGCUGCAACAAGACUUUGCGUCUGCAGCCAUUACCCCAUAGAUGUAUAGAUGACUGGAACAAAUUGCCAGAGGACAUUGUUAUUAGUGAAACUGUGGAACCUUGCUUUUAAAACCAAAUUAGAUAAAUACAGGGGUUAACAAAAGGUGCCUGAUUACAGACUUGUUUGUGACGCAUUUAGUUUUUGCAGAGAAGCCUUGAAAACUGUGUAUUGCCCCCUUUACAGUGAAAAAUAGACCAAACUGGAUGAAAAUGAUUAACACCUGGAAAACUGCUAGGGGCCAGAAACUGCUCGGAAACCAGUAGGCCUACUGAAAUCAAGUUGAUUGAUUUCGGUAUCAUAAAGAACUAAUAUUUUGUAGUUUGGAACAAAUUGCUUGUAUGCCUACCACUUUUAAUGUAGAGUGAUACCAUAGGUAUAGCAAAUUAGGAAGAGCUGUUAAUGGAAUAAAACUAUGGCUUAUCAUUGUAAUAUUAUUGCUGAUGGGGAUAUAUCGAAACAGUCUGAAAUUUUACCAUUCGUUCAAUUUUUAGAAAGGAAAAUAAAUGGAUGGGGUUAUAAUUGUUACAUCCCAGACAGAGACUUUCCACCAGGAAUGUCAAUUUUUGAACAACAUAGUAAAAUGCAUUCAGAGAAUAAAGUAACUUUUGUAGCUUUAACAUCAACGAGUAUUAGUGGAAACUUUCGAUACAUGAUUGAAAUGUUAUUAAAUUACCAACUCCACUCAUCUCAUUCAGACAUAAAAAGACCUACACUUGUACCGGUGUAUUUAAAUAUUGACCAUUUGAAUCACCCAGUUUUAGAUGUGAUUAAACCUGUCCGAAUAUAUGGAUCAAAGGAAGAUGAGUGGGAAGACUCAGAUUCAAAUAGCAGAGCUUUUAGUCAACUAAGAGAGGUUUUGAUGAAGUACCAUCCUCUAGCAAAACCUGCAUCUAAGGAGGAUCUGAGUAACAUAUCAGAAUGCAUUGGUUCCAAUUGGGAAAUGCUAGCACCUUUCCUUAUAGAGAGCAACUCAACAGCUACUGUAGAGCACAUAAAAGAAGUUUAUGAAGUAACUUCACAGCGUGUGUAUGCUUUACUUAACAAAUGGCGUACAGAGACAGAUGACCCGUCAUUGGCUCAUUUAUUUCACUCUAUGUACCAAGCUGGUACGUCUGUGACAAUUGAUUGGUACAAAAUUGCUUACAAACUCAAAGUUUCUAUACAGGAUAUACAAGCAUCUCACUAA